AUGGCAUCCCUAAGAGGGCGAACCCUCGCCAGAGCCCUCCUCUCAACCAAACAAUUAAGACCAACAAUCACCUCACUCACCUCACCAAUGAACCCAACCCACCAAACCCGCACGCACACCUCCGUCUCAGCCGACGAGCUCUCCCACUUCUCAGGCCUAGCAAGCUCCUGGUGGGAUCCAAUGGGCCCCUCCCGAAUCCUCCACCUAAUGAACCCCCUCCGCCACGAAUUCAUCGCCUCCUGCCUAUCCGAAGGCACAACCGAAGCCAAUCCAGACCCCACCUCCGCAAACCUCCACUACCUCGACAUCGGAUGCGGCGGCGGCAUCUUCGCCGAAUCACUCGCUCGCACUAUUCCCUCAACUCCACAGUCUCAAGCGCCUACGCCUACGCGCGCUGCUUCAAUGACGGCCGUCGACCCCUCAACGGAUUUGAUUAACAUGGCUCGCGAACAUGCGCGCAUGGAUCCGGCUGUGCAUGCGCAUCUCCAGGAUGGACGCUUUAGAUACCUUAAUACGACGCUGGAGGAUGUGUUGGAGUCGAAGACGGGGCCGGUGGUUGAGCAGGCGCAGGCGCAGGCGCAGUAUGAUGUUGUGACGCUGUUCGAGGUCCUUGAGCAUAUUGAUCCGAAGACGAGUUCGCCGCUGGGAUUCUUGAGUAAUUGUCUUCGGGCUUUGAAGCCUGGUGGCUGGUUGAUUGGGUCUACGAUCUCGAGGACGUUGCCUUCUUUCAUUCUUAAUCAGGUUAUUGCUGAGGCGCCUUGGCCGAUUGGCGUUGUGCCGCGUGGUACACAUGAGUGGAGCAAGUUUGUGAAUCCCCCUGAGGUGAAGGGGUGGUUGCAGGAGGGCUUGAUGAGGGCUGCGGAUACGCCUACUGCUCGUGGGGGUGCGGAGCAGGUGAAGGGUAUGCAGUGGAAGUGCGUUGGGGCUAUCUACAUUCCUGGAUUUGGGUGGAAGAUGGUGCCUGGGAGCGAGGAUUAUGGAAAUUAUUUCUGGGCUGUGAGGAAGGAUGUUUGA